CGACUUUUCAGCUCACACAGGGAGGAGUGUGUGUCGGGGCAACUCUUGAGUAACCAAUGACUUCCAGCAGCUUCAGUAUAUAGCAAGCCUUCCCCCCACACUUCUGUCUCCCCCCGUCCAUGUAAGCUUUUUUUUUUUUUUUUAUGAGGGAGUUUGCAGCAGUGUUGUACUGAGUUGAGAUCUGGAGGGAGGGUCUGAGAGUGGGAGUUUUUAUGUUGCAGCUCUCAUUCAGUGGAUGCUCAGUGGCCCUCCAACAGCUUGGAUUGAACUGCUGACCGGCUGGCUAACAGGUGGCGCUUAUUGGAGGAAACAGUGAGAGCGCCGUGUGGAUCACUUGGAAGGACUGUUGCAGGAGCCGGCAGCAUGUGGAGAAUCCAGACGUGGCUUCUUGUCUUGGUCCUCUGCUCUGGGAGCCUGGAGGCCUGGUUUUGGAUCCCAAAACCAAAUCCCACCACAGAAAUCCCAACAGAGACGACGGCAGCGACAGGUGCCACCGUGACACUCAAUGGCACAGAGAAGAAGGUGGAGGUGGAGGAGGAGGAUGACAACCUGUCCGGGCUUGGGGAAGAAAUCAUUGACGUUGCCACAGGGAUCCGUAAGAUUGUCGAGGCGUGGAACGGGACCCCGACCGCCACGACUACUAACGCAGGCCUCACAGAGAAGGUGGAGAGCGUGACCCCGAACAUGACGGAGGAGAGUGGUGUCUCCUUGCUCCAGCUGAUAGGAGACCCUCCGCCCAGUGAGAUCGCCAGGGUCUACGGGCCAAGAGGGGAGACCGCCUAUGCCUUCACCUCUGCAACGGUUUCAGGCCAGCCGGCUCUGGCCCACCUCCCCAACCCAUUCUACCGCCACUUCUCCCUCCUUUUCCACAUCAAGCCAACCACUCCCGCCGCAUCCGUCCUCUUCUCCAUCACUGACGGGCCCCAGAAGCUCAUGUAUGUCGGCGUCAAGCUCAGCGCGGUGCAGUCUGGCCUCCAGAGGGUGCAGUUCUUUUACACCGAGCCCGACUCGGAGGCUUCAUACGAGGCAGCCAGCUUCAAUGUCCCAAGCAUGGUGGACACCUGGAGUCGCUUCUCGCUGUCCGUCUUUGAGGAGCAGGUGACCUUCUACCAUGGCUGCGACUCGGAGCAACAGGUGAAGAAGUUUGAGCGCUCCCCGGACCCCAUGGAGUUUGACACAGGGGCGGGGAUCUUCGUGGGUCAGGCGGGAGGAGCCGACACUGACAAAUUCCAGGGGGAGAUCGCUGAGUUUAAAGUAGUUGGAAACCCUCAGGCUGCCGAGAGCUUGUGUGACGACGAGGACGACUCUGACGUGGCCUCUGGGGACUACGGCAGUGGCAAUGGAGAGAGGAGACAAACGGGACACAGUGUCAGGACCACCCCUGCACCCUCCCGUCCGGUACCUGAGCCGCCGCUGAUAUCCUCAAAAGGAACCAGACUGAAGGAAACGGACAUCAGGUAUCAGCUGCCGUCGGGGGACUACAGCCAGUCUGGAUCAUCGGGCCCAAGAGGUCCCAGUGGUGGUAGAGGUGAGAAAGGUGACAGAGGGGAGAAAGGCUCAAAGGGGGACAUAGGCCCCUCUGGGCCGAAGGGAGAUUCGGGGACCAGCUCUGGCUCCGGUGUCUCCUCUCAGGGUGGAACACAAGGACAGAAGGGAGAAAAAGGGUUAAAGGGCAACUCUGGCUUCGGAUACCCCGGCAAUAAAGGAGAACGUGGGGCUCAGGGGCCUGCUGGGCCUCCUGGUCCUGCCGGCCCUGCAGCUGAGGUGGUCCGACUCGGGGACGGCUCUGUUGUGCAGCAAAUGGCCGGACCCGCCGGACCUCCUGGGCAGCCGGGGUCUAAUGGAGCUGCAGGACCUCCAGGAGUCGAUGGGGAGCCUGGUGAUCCAGGAGAGGAUGGAAAAGCUGGUCCUGCUGGGCCACGAGGUUUCCCAGGAAAUCCAGGAACGUCUGGUGCCAAAGGCCAAAAGGGUGAGCUUGGAGAGGGUCAGCCAGGACCCAGAGGACCCCCAGGUCCACCUGGACCCCCUGGGCAUGGCCCCGGUGAUCGCCCAACAUUUGUUGACAUGGAGGGUUCAGGAUUCCCAGACUUGGACAAAUUCAGGGGUGCCCGUGGUCCUCCCGGUCCCCCCGGUCUUCCUGGCCUUCCCGGGAUCCCUGGUAAUUCAGUAGCACUAGGAGACAAUGGUCCCAUAACCUUUGGUCCCCCUGGACCACCAGGACAAGAUGGAGUCCCUGGUCUGCCUGGUCCCCCUGGUACUCCUGGUACUCCUGGUCAGCCUGGACUCCGAGGAGAGAAGGGUGACUGUGCUCAGCUCGGUCUUCCAGGAACAGCUGGUGAAAAGCAAGACACACAAGACUCCAACUUUUUCACCGGCCUCUUCUCUUACUUUGCUCCAUCUUCUACGGGUGAUCAGGGGGAUCCAGGACACACAGGUGUACCAGGGCAGUCUGGGCUUGCAGGGCUUCCAGGUCCCAUGGGACCAGUUGGACCUCCAGGACCUCCCGGCCCACCGGGCCCACCUUCCCAUAUUGAUCAUGGACAGAAAGGAGAGCCUGGCGUCAUCAUGGGGCCCGAUGGGAGACCCAUGUACCUGGGGGGCCUGGCAGGACAGCCGGGUGAGAUGGGACCCCCUGGCCCUGUGGGACCUCCAGGCUCAUAUGGUCCUGGAGGCCAGAAGGGAGAGAUUGGGCUUCCAGGACGACCGGGGCGGCCUGGACUGAACGGCGUCAAAGGCGAGAGGGGAGAUUCAGGCAGUGGAUCUGGAUAUGGACACCCUGGUCCUCCAGGUGCACCAGGCCCUCCUGGACCCCCCGGACCUCCAGCUCCCAUUGACAGACUCGGAGGAAUCGAGGAUUACUCCAGAUACCACUCAGCUUUUAAAGGCGAGAAAGGUGAUCGUGGACCACCAGGGCUUCUUCAAAUUCCAGGUCUCGGAUCCAACUAUGACCUUUACACUUUAAGGAAUGAGUUAAAAGGUGACCUGGGCAAUCCUGGCUUCAAAGGAGAGAAAGGAGAACCAGGAGGAGGAUAUUAUGACCCCCGCUAUGGAGCUGGUGGAUACGGAUCCCCAGGAGUUCCUGGACCUCCAGGCCCUAAAGGUGACUCCAUCGUUGGCCCACCGGGCCCUGAGGGUCCACCUGGUCCCUCAGGAAGAGGCUAUGAAGGGCGUCCUGGAGCGCCAGGGCCACCUGGACCCCCAGGACCUACUCUAUCUGAAACCCACAGGGGCACACAGACGAUCAAUAUUCCUGGGCCACCGGGACCACCUGGAGUGCCUGGACUACCUGGACACUCGUCUGGGGUGACGGUGUUGAGGUCUUAUGAGUCCAUGACAUCCACUGCUCGAAGACAACCUGAGGGCUCGCUGGUUUACAUUUUAGAGCAAACGGAUCUCUACUUACGGGUCCGCGAUGGAGUUCGACAAGUCCAGCUUGGGAGCUACAUACCUUUGCCCAGAGAGGAUGGUAAUGAGGUUGCAGCGGUGGAGCCCCCACCCGUUGUCCCCUACUCCCCAGAUCACCACUCCAACACCGACUCCCAUAGCCACGCUGAAAGGCACCCACAGCCUGACAGGCACCCACAGCCUGAAAGGCACCCACAGCCUGACAGGCACCAUUCGACGCACACAGACCCUCAAUACGCGCCUGACCCCAGAUACACAACCCGCCCUGACCCAAGGUAUCAGCCAGAUCCCCGGUACCCGGUGCAGACGGAUCCAAGGUUUCCAAGUUACACAGACCGACAAAACCAACCAGAUGGUAGAUAUUCUGUCCAUACUGCCCACGAACGCCCUGCGUACCCAGACGGUCGCUACCCCGUCACCCCUCAGCGAAGACCUCCUCCUUCUGUGGUCCAAACCCCAGCCCACCAUCACACUUCAGGUCCAGGGCUCCACCUGAUUGCCCUGAACAGCCCCCAGACCGGCUCUAUGAGGGGGAUCCGCGGCGCAGACUACCUGUGCUUCACCCAGGCUCAGGCAAUCGGGAUGAAGGGAACUUUCCGGGCCUUCCUAUCCGCCAGGCUCCAGGAUCUCCACAGUAUCGUCCGCAGGGCAGACAGGGACCGCAUGCCAAUAGUGAACCUGAAGGAUGAGGUUCUGUUUGACAACUGGGAUGCCAUCUUCAAUGAUGGCCGAAUGAGGGAUAAUGUGCCGAUCUACUCCUUUGAUGGCAAGAAUGUUCUCAGCGACCACACAUGGCCAGAGAAGAUGAUGUGGCACGGGUCGACCAGCACCGGUCAGCAGCACGCCGACGGCUUCUGCGAGAUGUGGCGCGUGGGCGACGUGGCUUUGAACGGCAUUGCAUCGUCGCUGCAGAGCGGCAAUCUGCUCCAGCAGAGCUCCAGCAGCUGCUCCAGCUCCUACGUGGUGCUGUGCAUCGAGAACAGCUACAUCGGCCACUCUAAGAGAUAGACUCACACACACACACACAAAUACACACAACACUGGACAAAGGGAAAUCCACAAGUGAUCAGCCAGGCUUUUGUCCACACACACACGCCUUUAUCUACAGUAUGUGGUGCUUUGUAAAUAAUGUUUUCUGUUCUAAUGAAUGAUUAGUUUCUGUUUGUUAGCCCUUCUUAUAUGGUGCUAUACAGGAUUAUCCCAAUGUUGAACCACAAUUAAGCUCAGGAGACACAGUAACUCACACUGUGGAAGUCUGAACCUGAUUUGCCGAAUGUGUGUUGACCUUUCUUUGGUGUUUGUGACUCGUCAGCUCCUACGCUGAUAUAUAAUUGAAAUUACUAAGCCCGGUGCUAGCAAAGCUUUGUCCAAAAUCACUUUUCUUUUUGGAAAUAACGUCCUGGUUACUCUUGAUAAUGAACGGAACACGCACUGAUCAAUGUUGUUUUUAUACGGACCAUUACUUUGGUAGAAAGUAGCUCCAGUGUGAAGCACAUUCUGGAUUCCCCCAGUUUGAGCCUCUUAUGUAUUACUUUAAAAAUAUUAGUCAGAGAGUCAGUUUUUCUAAAGCUACGAUAGAAAUUUUAAAUAAUUAAACAAAGAUGUCAGUCACUUCAGUUCAUUUAUAUCAUUUUACAUUUUAAGACUUACUUUUCGUUUUGCCACCAAUGCUACAAUAGACAGAAUCUCAACAGACCCCAAACAAUUUAAAAACUUUGGUUGACACCUGUAAAUAGUUCAUAAGUUACAGUAAUUAUUGAAUUGAUAGAUAGAAACCCAGGAUAUUUGGGAAUUUCAAUUUGGUGUUUUUCUUAAAAAGUGUUUAUACUUUGUUACUGUGACAUAAUGCAAAUACACAUAUAUGUCAGAGAGGGACACACCACUGUGAUAAUUUGUAGAAAUUCUGUCUUAACUACCACAAAAGAACUGUGGAACAAGAAAUACACAUAGAUAUCAUGUUUCCUUGUUGCUCCUGCAGUGAUAUACAAUUUACAACUAAAUACCUGAAAAAACAACUCAACAAGGCUUCCUGUCUUAAAUACCACAUUUACUGUUGUAUACAGUAUUUUACAGUGCUGCUGUCAUCAACACAUUUCAUCCUCCAAGAGCGAACUACACAUUGUACAUUAAAUCAAUGUGUUUCAUUUCUUCUCCUUCCCACUGAUGUUAGCCAACAGCACUUGAGUAAUCACCUUUUUCACUUUGCUUCUGUCUUACAUGGGAAGAUGUGGUCAGAUUGUAUUUUUAGCAAUAACAAAGGGAUAUUUAUUUUUUACAAACUGUGCCUUUUCUUUUUACUAGCUCAGCUAUAACGUGUGAUGUGAACGCUUUCACUGAGAAUAAUAACAUUUCCAAAUAUAUCCAGCACAAAGAUGUUUAAAUAUUUGUCUUAAUCCUGAGAUUACAGUUUCCCGCUGAUAUAAAGUUUGUGUGCAUGCAAAAAAAAAUGAAUGUACAGAUAUGUGGAAAGGAUUCAGCCAUAAAUGUUUAGUUGCUUAUCCGUUGUUUUGCUUAAGGCACUGCAGAGAGUGUAGUGGAGUCUUCUUUGGCGCCUUGAAUGAAAUGUCACGUACUAACAGAGCCAUAAAAAACGCAGUGUAUUACCUCCUGCAGGUUGCACUCUGUCGUCUUUUUAUUACACGAGCGACGUUUCUCAGCGAUAAAUAAAUCUGUGUGGAAACUGUGA